UUACUAUAAAUUACUGUACAUACAAAGUGUAGAUUAGUUUACGCAACAACAGUAAAUGUAUAUUCCCCACACAUGCCCAUACAGUCUGCGUGAAGACUAUGGCAACAUCCACGAUGAGAUGAGGUGUGUAUGACAUGCAGUACUACUGAUUCGCUUUUUCGUGCGAUGGCGUAAUUACUGAACUCCUGUACACGCGCCCACGGAAAACAUCCCACCAUCGCGGCGGUCGAUUAAUAAAAUGCAAUCCAGCGAGCAGCAUGACGAUAUCACCCCACCCACCGCCAAACUGGCCCGCCUGGAGCUGGAUGGAAUAGCUCCCGUCGCGCCUUUCUCUGUUCCCCACAACUUCCUCUCUGACGGAAAUCCGUCCGAUCUGGUCUCACUGGACACCCCUGCCGGCCGCAUUAUCUGCGCCCAGACGGAUGUGCACCGUGAGUUCAUGCACAUCGUCCUCAAGUCCAACAGCACCGACUACGGGCAGGGUGGAGGCGGAGGAGGGGGCGGGGCUUCCGGCAGCGCCAAGCAGAAGAAGCCGAUGAUCACCUGCGAUAGCCACGAGGGACCCUUCCAGACCAAAUGGUCGCUGCACUUCUAUCCCGAGGGUCACCCUUCCAACUACUCCUUCCAUCCCGACGUGGAGUGGUUCCCAGCGCAGUACGUGCCCGAUGAUCAGAAGUUCGCUUCGUUAUACGUUCGUCUCAAGGACGGUCCCUACGAGAUGAUCGAAGCGCGAAUGAUGACGUCAGUGUUAAGCGGUGAGAGCGACAUGGAGGCGGCCCUAGCCACCAACAUGGAGCGCUUCAUGCUGUGCCCGCGCAUGAAGGUCGACGAGUUCCACCGGGAGGCUGCCGGCCACGGUUGGCCCAAGCUGUGCCUGACUAACAGCCUCAAGAACUUCGCCGGGGGAUUCAUCUGUGUCGUGUCGCUGCAGGUGCUCCAACCGGCCAGCGCCGGCAGCCCCGUAACCGGUGUCCGCCGAGCCCCCAUCCCCAUUCGCCGCUACGGUGACCUCGGGCAGGAACAGGAAGUACCCUGUAUCGUCCGCCUGCGGGAGAGCACUACCCAAGGGGACGCCGUUCUUCAGGCGGCGGACUGGCAGUAUGUUCACGCCCACCGCUUCGUAUUGGCCGCCCGCAGCACCUACUUCCGGGGACUGUUGGCCGCCGACCAGGGCGUGCCCUUUGUGUAUAAGAGUGAGCACACGCUAGAGGAGCUCAAUUACCUGUUGGACAUGCUGUAUUUAAACAAGCUACCGCCCCGGGAUACGGCGCUCAGUGUGCGGUUGCAUGAUUUAGCGGUUAUGUACGAGUUGACCUUUAUAGCCACGGUGUUGGCUGAAGAAAUUGGGGGGCCUUAUGGCAGUGAUAGCAUCGAGUCUGGCAUGCUCAGUGCCACGACGUCCAGUGAAUCGAUGACGAGACCGGUUAAUCCGUACGAAGAAUUCAGAAUCUGAAAAGCAGAUAAAGCUGUAAUCCACCUGUACCUCGCUAAAAUCUUACUAAACGUAAAUUUUCGCGAAUGCAUUUAUUGUA